AUGAUUGAAAAAAAUAAUGUUCCUACUUGUUAUAAUUAUGGGGAACCUGGUCACAUCAGCACCACUUAUCAGAAACCAAAGAAAUCCCAUACUGGAGGAAAGGUGUUUGCGUUGACUGAAUCUCAACCUAACAGUUUUGACAGGUUGAUUAGAGGUACAUGUUAUAUUCACGACAUUCCUUUGAUUGCGAUUAUUGAUACGGGUGCAACACACUCAUUUAUUUAUGCUAAUUGUGUACAAAAAGUGGGUCUUAUUUUGUCUACUCUAAAUAGUGGACUAGUUAUCGACACUCCAGUUAACGGGUUAGUGAUUACUCCUUUGGAAUUGUUGAAAGAUGAAGCUAAAGCAUUUGCAAUGUUUGCCUCUUUAUCUAUGGAGAGUCAAGCGACUAUUAAAGGGUUACCGGUGGUGUUUGAAUUUCCAGAGGUGUUUUUAGAUGACAUGUCUGAAUUACUGCCCAAGAGAGAGGUGGAGUUUUCUAUUGAUCUUGUAACUGGUACUAGGCCAAUUUCUAUGGCACCAUACAGAAUGUCUGCAUCAGAGUUGGGAGAAUUAAAGAAUUAG